AUGGGUCAUCUGUUUUUACACAUCCCACAGUACAAAACAAUCAACAGCUACAUCCCACAGUACAAAACAAUCAACAGCUACAUCGCACAGUACAAAACAAUCAACAGACACAUCCCACAGUACAAAACAAUCAACAGCCACAUCAUACAAUACAAAACAAUCAACAGCAACAUCCUACAGUACAAAACAAUCAACAGCUACAUCCCACAGUACAAAACAAUCAACAGCCACAUCCCACAGUACAAAACAAUCAACAGCUACAUCCCACAGUACAAAACAAUGAACAGCCACAUCCAACAGUACAAAACAAUCAACAGCCACAUCCCACAGUACCAAACAAUCAACAGCUACAUCCCACAGUACAAAACAAUCAACAGCCACAUCCCACAGUACAAAACAAUCAACAGCCACAUCCCACAGUACAAAACAAUCAACAGCUACAUCCCACACCACAUCCCACAGUACAAAACAAUCAACAGCUACAUCCCACAGUACAAAACAAUCAACAGCCACAUCCCACAGUACAAAACAAUCAACAGCCACAUCCCACAGUACAAAACAAUCAACAGCCACAUCCCACAAUACAAAACAAUCAACAGCCACAUCAUACAAUACAAAACAAUCAACAGCAACAUCCUACAGUACAAAACAAUCAACAGCUACAUCCCACAGUACAAAACAAUCAACAGCCACAUCCCACAGUACAAAACAAUCAACAGCUACAUCCCACAGUACAAAACAAUGAACAGCCACAUCCAACAGUACAAAACAAUCAACAGCCACAUCCCACAGUACCAAACAAUCAACAGCCACAUCCCACAGUACAAAACAAUCAACAGCCACAUCCCACAAUACAAAACAAUCAACAGCCACAUCCCACAGUACAAAACAAUCAACAGCCACAUCCCACACCACAUCAUACAAUACAAAACAAUCAACAGCAACAUCCCACAGUACAAAACAAUUAACAGCCACAUCAUACAAUACAAAACAAUCAACAGCAACAUCCCACAAUACAAAACAAUCAACAGCCACAUCAUACAAUACAAAACAAUCAACAGCCACAUCAUACAAUACAAAACAAUCAACAGCAACAUCCCACAAUACAAAACAAUCAACAGCAACAUCCCACAGUACAAAACAAUCAACAGCCACAUCCCACAGUACAAAACAAUCAACAGCUACAUCCCACAGUACAAAACAAUCAACAGCUACAUCCCACAGUACAAAACAAUCAACAGACACAUCCCACACUACACCCCACAGUACAAAACAAUCAACAGCUACAUCCCACAGUACAAAACAAUCAACAGCUACAUCCCACAGUACCAAACAAUCAACAGCCACAUCCCACAGUACAAAACAAUCAACAGCUACAUCCCACAGUACAAAACAAUCAACAGCCACAUCCCACAGUACAAAACAAUCAACAGCCACAUCCCACAGUACAAAACAAUCAACAGCCACAUCCCACAGUACAAAACAAUCAACAGCUACAUCCCACAGUACAAAACAAUCAACAGCUACAUUCCACAGUACAAAACAAUCAACAGCCACAUCCCACAGUACAAAACAAUCAACAGCCACAUCCCACAGUACAAAACAAUCAACAGCAACAUCCCACAGUACAAAACAAUCAACAGCCACAUCCCACAGUACCAAACAAUCAACAGCUACAUCCCACAGUACAAAACAAUCAACAGCCAAAUCCCACAGUACAAAACAAUCAACAGCCACAUCCCACAGUACAAAACAAUCAACAGCUACAUCCCCCCCUUCCUCGAUACAGUGUUACCGACGUGA